UGUACACCCAGACACACCCACUUUCCUUAUCUGAUCUUCUUCUAUAUGGGAAACGCAAUGUUAAUCCCAUGCUUUCACCCAAACCCUAAUUCAUCUUCUUCUUCAUCCUCAGUGAAACUUGUAUUCUGGGAAGGAACCACGAGGACACUCACCGGCAAGAAGCACAUCGCCGGAGAGAUCAUGUUCCAGUUUCCGGAAAUGAUGGUGUGUCACGCCGACUCCUUCUUCAUCGGCCAACCCAUACCGGCGCUCUCCAUCGACGAUGAGCUCAUGCUAGGGCAAACCUACUUUGUCCUCCCCAUUGACCGGUUCGGGUGCGGCGUGCUCUCCGCCGCCUCCCUCGCCGCCCUCGGGUCAUGCCCUAGCCGGUCCCCAAUAAAGUUUGGGCAGUGCCCGUUUGAGUACCUGAAGGGAUCCAAUGGAAGGGCUCUGAUAAAAGUCAAGCCAGAGUUCAUCACGAGGCUAAUUGUUGAAGGAGAUCAAAGUAAAGAUGACAAAGAGAUUAUUAUCACUGGUGAGAAUAAUAAUAGUAAUGAUAAUAGUCCAAGUAAGAGCUUCCUUUGUAGUACUCCAGAAUUGCAGAAGCAUUAUGAACAACUUGUGAGGUCAAAGGACCAAGUUUGGUCACCUAAACUUGAGACUAUUUCUGAACAUAAGAUCAGGUUCUCACCAUGCAGAUUCAUCGGAUUAGAGUGGAAAGAGAAAGAAAAAUCAGAGAGUAAUGUUUACUAGCAGCCACCAGCCCCGUUUGAUCUUAUCUGUAUUUCAACUUCGUGUAAAUUAAUGAUGACUAGAUAAAUACAUAUAUAAAGUUACAUGAAGAAUCUCUUCUUGUUUCUGCUGGUUUUUUAGCUUAUAGAACAAAAGAAUUAAGCUCUGAGUUCGAUUUU